CGACUCUUUUUAAGUCUUGGAAUAGGGGCGAUUUGGGGUUAGAGCUUCUGGAGUCUCACUGCUACUAUAAAGCUCUCAAAUCCCUUCCCUCUUCUUCCCAGUGAACCAGCCAUGGCUGCCAUCUUAGCUCGAAAAUCUCUUCUCGCCCUUCGCGCUCGUCAACUUGCUGUUCCAGCACAAGCUCUUCAGGGUUCGCAUCACUUUGGACUUCAGGGUUCGCAUCACUUUGGACUGCAAUUUACACAGUCCUAUUCCACCAAUAAAGAUGAUGUAGAAAGAGAGCAGCUUACAAAGGAGAUGUCAAAGGAUUGGAGUUCUAUUUUUGAGCGAAGCAUAAACACACUAUUUCUCACUGAAAUGGUUCGUGGUCUGUCACUGACGCUUAAAUACUUCUUUGAAAAAAAAGUUACUAUCAACUAUCCUUUUGAGAAAGGCCCUUUGAGCCCUCGUUUUCGUGGUGAGCAUGCCCUACGACGAUAUCCAACUGGAGAGGAGCGUUGCAUUGCAUGCAAACUCUGUGAAGCUAUAUGUCCGGCACAAGCAAUCACAAUCGAGGCUGAGGAACGAGAAGAUGGUAGCCGUAGGACAACAAGGUAUGACAUUGACAUGACAAAGUGCAUCUAUUGUGGUUUCUGUCAAGAGGCAUGCCCUGUUGAUGCCAUCGUUGAAGGACCCAAUUUUGAAUUUGCAACUGAGACUCAUGAGGAGCUUCUGUAUGACAAAGAAAAGCUUCUUGAGAAUGGAGACCGUUGGGAAACUGAGAUUGCGGAGAACCUCCGAUCUGAAAGCCUCUAUCGUUGAUUUUUUUUUCCUUAUUUCACCAUCCCAUGGUUUCUUCAUGGUCUAGAUAAAUGCAUUUUCUCGACUUUUUGAUGAUGUGGAAAUAAAUGGAUCUAUGAGGAGUCUUGCAGAUCUCUGUAUCGUUUUCCUAAUGGUUAAAUCCAAGCAAUCGGAUACCAAAGGCCACAAAGUUUUGUUUGGAUUAUGUAUUUUGCUCUGGAAAGAAACUAUAUGUGAAAGUACAUUGGAAAAAAGUGAAAGUGAACAUUUUCUUGAUUUUAUAUAAAUUCAUCUUUCCAAAUUUUUUA